AUGGCAUCUCUACUGCCAUACCAGCAGAUCCGAACGAAUACCGUCAACUUCUUUAUGCGAAACACUGGUCGCACACUGUGGAAGACCAUCACAUCCGUUUCCAAGGCUGGUAUGAAGAAGGGCCGUAAAACCACCAGACAGCCGGUUCGGCCGCUCGAACAGUUCUACAGAAUCGGAGCUAGUGAGUUUUUUACUUUAUUUUUAUGGUUUUAGGUAACAUCUUUGAAUUGAGAAGGGUUUGGAAGGUAAAGAGUGAAGAUUGUGGAGAGUUAAAUGAAUAAUAAGUGAAGGGACACCUUGGCUUGAACUUUGUUUUUGAAAAAAUAUUGAACUUGGUCCCCCAAGUGGAUUUUUUUGGAAAAAUAGGGUUAACGGGGCCGGACCUAAUUUUUCAGCCCGGCUCCUUGGCGCUGUGCAUAUUGGGAUUCCUUUCGGGUUUAGGCUACUUCGGCUUGAAAUUUUUUUAAAUAAAAAAUAUUGAACUUGGUCCCCUAAGUGGAUUUUUUUGGAAAAAUAAGGAUGAUCUGCCAUUUAUUCUACCUACCUUUAUAUUAUACUUGUCAGGUCCCUUAAAAAUCAAAUACCCCGGCCUAAACGAAGCGAUCCGCUUCGACGACCCAACAGCUCUCGAACCAAUGUCAAUCGAAGAACAAACGGAAGAGGAGUACAAAGAAGGCGUUGAUAUGAUCCAUGACCGACUCGAAGCUAAAGGAAAGACCAAGAAACGACGUCAACGAGAGAAACUUCACCCACUCGAACGAGGCUUCUCGGGACACAAAAUUGAAGGCCAAAAGCUGGGACCAAUGCCACCACUCGAUGGCGUCAAUUUCGAUGAUUUUCAGUCAUAUGUGUUGGAGGUAAGCAUAUAGGUAUUGGAUCGGAAUAAAUGGCUGUAACUUGUUUGAAUGAAUAGGUAGAAUAGUAAAACUUUGUGUGAAUGUAGAGCUGGGUUUUGGUCCAUUACGCUAAGCGAAAUUGUUUUUAAAUUUUUGAGUUUUAAAAAGUUACAGUUAAUUAACGUACCCUAUUUUUCGAAAUUUUUAUGUUUUUUGUUUUAAUAGUGAAUUUUAGGGCUUUCAACGAUUAAUUUUGGGCAGGACGAUUAUUUUUUAUAUUUUGAUAAGCUACAGUAAUCCUACCGUACUCAUUUUAAAUUUUUUUAAAACUUUUUUAGCCAAAAAAAUUUUUUUUUGAAUUUUUGAUUAAAAAUGCAUAUUCUACGAUAAAAAAACGUUUUCAGAUCAAAAGAACGGCCAACAUGACCCGAGUAUUCGGCCGUGUUCACACAAUGGCCGCCCUCGUCUUCGUAGGCAAUGGUAACGGUCUAGCCGGCUAUGCCGUCGGAAAAGCCGGCCUAAACCGUAGUAUGAAUGCCGUAAUCAAGGGGAUGAAGAUCGCGUCGAGAAAGCUGUUCUACGUGGAUCUACUGGAAGGACGAACCAUUUAUCAGGACUUUUAUGCCGAAUGCAGAAACACCAGAAUCUUUGCCCAGAGGCGGCCGAAAGGCUUCGGAUUGAUUUGCCAUCCACGGUUACAGAAGAUUUGUGAGGUAAGUUGGGGUUUUUUGGUUGAUAAUGGUUGUUUUUUUGUAUUUUAAAAGGGCAGGAAAAGCCAAAAAAAAUUUUUUUUUUAUUUUUUCUCUUUUUUUUUGACUAAACUAACUUUCCAGGCCAUCGGGAUCAAAGACAUUUACAUAAAAGUCGAAGGCAGCACUCGAAACUACCUUGCCCUCACCCACGCCUUCGUCACCGGCCUCCAGAAUCAAGAAACCCAUCAACAGUUGGCGGACCGAAAAGGCCUUCAUGUGGUCGAAUUGGAUCCGACCAGGAACUACUUCCCAAAGAUUGUCGCCUCUCCAAUUGGAACCGAACUCAAAACCGACGAAGACCUACUACCCAUCGACAAACUUAAUCUGGACGACUUUUAUGGCGAAGGAAGACAGCCGCUGCACAAGGAAAAGCCCAAACCAUUCUACGCGAAUUUGCCUGGUAAGAACGAGAGGAGGCAGGGUGGAUAAAGAAAGAUAAAGUGAAUGAUUAGGGGAGGGUUUUGGAUUUGAGGGGUGGGACAGAGUGAUGAAGGGGGUUAAAAAUAGGGAGGAGUAAAAUUUUUUUGGAGAGGGGCCUGGAUUUUAGCAUUCGUUGUAUUUUAUAAAAGAAAAUUCGGGAGGGGUAAAAAAUUUUUUUGGGAGGGGGGGGUGUUUUUUCAAAAACAAUUUUUUUUUCAAUUUUUAAUUUUUUUACGCUAACAUCCUAGCCAUACAAUUUUCGAAAACACGCUAUCCUCACCCUCCUUUAGCUCUACCCUAGCCCUGCUUUAGUACUACUCUAGCCCUACCCUAAUCUGCCCUGUCCUGCUGUACCCUACUCUACCCUCACCAUCCCCUUCCUUUGCAAUGUCAUUCCACCGUUAUUAUGAUAAUAAUUAUAAUAACCUUGAAAUUUCAGGACAUUUACUAGCGGAAUGGCGCAAACACCCCUUCCGCAACAUGGACCAAGUCCAGACCCGCCUCAUGGCCGACGGCUUUGUGGAGCGCUGGACCCGUGACAAUCGCCACGAAUACUCGGCUCGAUGGAACGAAAAAGCUCUGAAUGGUGUGGUCCCAAUCCCUCAGGGCAUUGGCCUUACCGCCGUCAUCCCAAAGAGCGAGGAAUGA